AUGCCGUGGCGGCCGCUCGCUCGAAUCGCUUUUGCCGUUGCGAUUUUCCCUUUCCAGCCGUCAUCACCUGCCGAUCUCCCACUUGAAAUUGGUGAUGAGCUUUAUAUUAUCGAACAAGGUGGCGUGGACGGCUCAUGGUACCGUGGAUAUCUGGUGGCGCCUCCAUCGUUAUUGGCAGGCCUGACCAGCGUAAAGGGACAGACCUUGGAGGCUAGAGUCUUCUCUGGUAUCUUUCCUAAGAAUUGUGUCGAGGUCCGAGAGCUCCUUGGAGAGGCUUAUCCGGGGCCUGGAAGGGACAGCGGGCAACGCGAACUGUCAACUCAAAAUGUCACCGGACUCAUAACCCCAGAAACGGCCGGGAGCCCCCAAAGCAGCCAUGGCGACCUACCAUACGCCGGGAUACAAAGGGAGCUUUCGAUACGCCGUCUCUCGUCCCAUAGAGUCUCAGCUGGAAAGUUAGACAACUCGCUAGGCUGGACUCCACAAAGGCGCAAAUCUACCAGAGGUGACGCGCACGAUAUAAGCAGACGCCUCUCCCACAGGUCAAAAAGAUCCGAUCGAGAAUCACUGCAAUAUGUGCCGCUUUCGCCAAUCUCCAUGGAGCCUCGCGAUCCUUCUGUCCCAAAACCGCCGGCGCCAGUACCAAUGCUCAAAGUUGGCGACGAGAAUCCGACGUCAAUGGAAGAGCCUCUCGUGGAUGAGAUUGCUUCAUGUCUUCGCGAAUGGCAUUCGACUAAUUUGCACGAACUCUUGUUGAGUAGGAAAUACGACGCAAUUAGAGAGCUUGCGGGACUGGUACAAAAGUUGGAUCUGGCAAGAAGACAGAUGUUAUACAACGUUCUCACGGCGCGCGAGCUAACGGCUUUGCGGGAAUGGACUAUUUGGAACCUUGUUCGAGGAAAUAAGCUUCUGGGAACGGACAUAAUUGUACGCGAUCCCGUCACACGAGGCCGAAUUUUGACAGGAGAGGACUCUGCAAUCGAAAUCACGAAGCUACAAUCAAGUAUGAGUCUGUUAGACGAGCCACCAAUGGCUGCUACAGAGGGCGCGGUGCGACACCACUUGCUUCUGGAUUUGAAAUCAUUUGCCAGUGCAUCUUCGGAUGCAGUCACCGUGAGCUUCCACCUGUGCUCGAAAGGUCCCGGCACACCGCCAGUUCUUCUCUCAGAGGCAUUCAGUAUCGACCUCCCCGGAGAAAAGCAUAUCUCAGAUCAGCUGCAAAAAAGGAGAACGAGUACAUUGUUUACGGAUUUGAGUCCUUCGGAUAUUGGUGAGACCACUGGUGCAGAAUCCCAGCUCUUUCUGGUGAUGAAAAUAUUUGCCGCGCAAGAGACGAUAAGAAAUGCAACAUCGUCUACGAAACUUCAAUCUUCACAUGACUCCUCUAGCCAUCGCAAAACCGUUUCAGCCGCAGCUUCCACCGGCGUCGACACUCUGAGAGACGGAAGUCGAAGUUUCAUGUGGACACAGAAAGGUCAAGGCGGAUUGCAACGCAGCAAUGGGGAGGCGUCCCAGGCCGAACGCCGAGAUGAUCCUGUCAGAUCGCACGCUAGGCCCGGUUCUGAUCCGCAGAAACCGCUGUUGCUUACGCGAACAGCGGGCGUUGCGGUGCAUAGGAUUGAUCAACUAAUGCGACAAGGCGAAGAAUCUGAGCUUGUGCUGGACAUGUGGUCCCCGGCUUCGGAAACCAAACAUGAGCCUCAGGGGCCCGGAUGGAACGAAAUAAUCAGAGAAUUAGUCAAAAGUGAGAGUGGACGCUAUUCCAAGUCGCCAAGAAAGGAUAGAAUGUCCGUCUUCCUUAAGCCUCUCGCGAGCUCUGACGCAGGGACCCUAAUUAAGCGCACGCCCACCCUGCUUCACAAUGUCAUCCAAUCUAGGAAAAUUGGAUUCUCUGGCGUCCCGACCUCAGCACGAUCAGACAUCUACGUUACGUUAAACGGUGCCUCUUUGUCCCGUGAGACGUCGUUGUCUCACCCUAAGCUUGGUGCCACUCCUCUGACGAAUACGUCAAUGUCAAAUCUUCAACUGGCUCUCGAAGUUCGCAACUCUACUGGGGAGCGUCUACAAAAUUGCAUACAUCCGUCAAGCGGCUCUGGUAGCUGCACCUCAUAUCGUACAGUGGCGGUGGAGAGAGGGGGCUACUGGAAUCAGACCGUUCGGCUUGAGAUCCCGCCGGAGAACGUAGCUGACUAUCACCUCUUCAUGACUAUUUUCAAUCUACCAGGAAAUCCGUUCGCUACUUGUUGGGUACCGCUGUGGCACGAUGAAGCCUUCAUUAGGGACGGACAGCAUUCUGUCAUCCUCUAUAAGCACGCUGACUUGGGCUCUGGACCAGCUGAUGGUAGCGUCGCAUAUUUGAGCCUUCCUUGGAGUGCGAGGGGCAAGCAGAACAUUCUCACAGAUGAAGCUGUAACAGGGCCAGGUGCAACCAUUGAACUUGAGACAUAUCUUUGCAGCACGUCACUCUUCCAGGAUAAGGUUCUUAUUGCCAUCACAAAGUGGCGCGAAAAGUCUCCGGAAGAGCUAAUGGAGGUUGUUAAGCGCCUGGUCUUCGUCCCUGAAAUGGAAAUCGUCAAGCGGCUUCGCGAAGUGUUUGAUUCAUUGUUCGCCAUUUUGGUAGAAUACGCCGGCAGAGAUGACCUCGAGGACUCCGUCUUUAAUGCUCUGGUAACAGUGCUCGGUAUCGUACAUGACCGGAGAUUCGAUUUGGGCCCUCUCGUGGAGCAGUACGCCGAGACUCAAUUUAAUUAUCCUUUUGCCACGCCUUGUCUACUGAGAAGUCUUACGCGACUAUUAUCAAACGCGGCAGAUGCAGAGGUCUCCAGAAAAUUGCGGUCCGCAUUCAAAGUUGGGCGUCAUCUUUUCAAAUUCACCUUUAAGGCUAGAGAACAACAAAAGGCCAAGGAGGCAGGUAUUGGGAUCACUAGCACCCAGACCAACUUCAACCGGGAUGUCGGUGCGAUUUUCAGAGCGCUGGAGACACUAAUGAGAAAUCCGUCACCAACCCUUAUAGGAACCAAAACACUUGCGGUACAGCACUUCCACACCUGGCUGCCAGAACUGUCACGGCUUUUGGAUGGCAAUGAAAUUCUCCAGAUGGCUGUGGACUUUAUGGAUGCCUGUGCCGACGUGAAAGGGAAGCUGGCUCUCUAUAAGCUGGUACUGCUCGUGAAUCUCUCUGGUCUUGGCGUAUUUAAAAAGCCAGAAGCUCGUCGAAUUUUGCAUGUGAACACAGUCCGAUGGCUGGCUCCAUAUUGGGGAAGAACAGAACAGGUUACAAGCCAAUACCGAGACCAGGUACGGUUGUGCUGUUCGGUUGUGGCUGCACAGUCAAAUGAGCUAGGCCCCCUGGUCUGCGAGUACUUACCCAAGGUCAUCGAUUCCUACAUGAUUCUUCAGGGUUCUCGCACUCCCCAGAGCCAUACCACGUCCCAUCUUUUCCCCAGAACUUAUCCUUUCCAGCUUAUGGCCUCACACAAGCAACAUAGGAUUGAAGAAGUCCUGGUAGAACUUGCAGCUUUGCUAGCGACUAUAGCCAAGCAUCCGACUGCAAUUGACACUGGGCUGCCCGAGUCUCAACUUUCAGAGUAUCUCUCAAAUGCGAUGUACAUUUUGACUUCUGUUCUCAACGGAGACUCCUUUCCGAGCACAUGGCUUAGUCUUCAUGUAUUGCAUCAUAAAUCUGCCAUGCGGCUUUUGGAAAGCAUUUCAACCAAGCUCAGAGAUAGUUUUCUACCUGACCCUGAAAGUGCCGAGGAUUUCGACACGGAACUUUGGCGAGCUUUCUUUACCACGUUAUUGAAGCUCGUCGCCAGUGACGCGCUUGCAUUGGAAACAUUCCCAGAGCAAAAACGUCGAGCGGUUUGGAAAAUUGGGGGGGAUGUCCGGGAAUUAGGAGCGGAGAUUCUUCGUCGCAGCUGGGAAGCUAUUGGAUGGAACACUUCACCCGAAGAUCAAAGGCGCUACGGCUUAGAAAAAAUGGGUGGUUAUCAAGUCCAAUAUGUACCGGGCCUCGUGUCUCCUAUCGUCGAGCUUUGUCUGAGCGUCCAUGAAGGCUUAAGACGAGCCGCUAUACGGAUACUCCAGACUAUGAUAGUUAGCGAAUGGAGCUUGAGCCAGGAUCUUUCGAUCAUUCAGGCAGAACUGAUCGACUGUCUCGAUCAUUUAUUUAAAACAAACCCUAUGAGCGAGAGCAUUCUUCAGAAGAUGUUCAUUGCAGAGAUGAGAGAGCUGUUUGAACCUCUGGCUCGGACGCCAGAUGAUUCGCUGUAUAAUGCAUUCAACGGGCUUAUCACCACAGUUGACGAGCUGCUGGAUCUCCUCGUUGCUGUUCACAGUACCGAUGGCACUGACGAAACUUUUCAAACCAUUCAUACUCUGCGAUUAAUGGAAUUCUUACGCGACCUGCAAAAAGAUGACAUGUACAUUCGCUAUGUCCAUCAAUUAGCCCAAACUCAGGCUGAAAGCAACAAUGGAGCAGAGGCUGGCCUUGCGCUCCGCCUCCAUGCAGAUUUGUACAGCUGGGACUCAACCGACCUAUUACCACCGAUUGAACAUCUUUCACUUCCAGCACACUCAUCUUUUGAACGAAAAGAGCACUUAUACUUCGACAUGAUUAAGUAUUUUGAGGAAAGCAAAGCUUGGAAUGCGGCGCUAGCCACGUAUAAGGAACUGGAAGUCCUCUACGACGAGAUUGUAUUUGACUUUGCAAAGCUAGCAAGGACGCAGAGGGCCAUGGCAAGGAUAUACGAGUCCAUUUCCAGAGGCGAUGGCGAGUAUCAGCGUUAUUUCCGAGUUGUUUAUAAGGGGCUGGGCUUUCCGACCGGCCUGCGAGACAAGCAGUAUAUCUUCCAAGGCCUACCUUCAGAGCGCUUUGUUGGCUUCACCGAUCGCCUGCAACAAAUUCAUCCCACUGCGCAAAUAGUCACAACGGACAAGGUGGAAGAUAUGGAAGGCCAGUUUCUGCAGGUCAGCGCUGUCAGUCUGCAUAGGGAUCUGCUCCAUCCGGUAUAUCUGCGGCCAAAGGUUCCUCAGCCAAUCCGCGAUUUUCUUCUUUCUUCGCAACCAAACCACUUUGCUGUGACCUCGCGCAGAAAAGGCGAUGCCAACAAUGUCAAGAACCAAGUGUUAGAGAAAACGAUAUUUGUUACGGCUGAACAGUUCCCAAAUAUUCUUCGACGCAGUGAGAUUGUUUCAGUCAAGCAAGUAGAGCUCUCGCAAAUUGAGUCUGCUUUGGAACGAACAGUGCGAAAGACUCAGGAGCUUGGUGUCUUUGAGAAGAAGCUUGGGGAAAGCGAUGACAAAAUUCUUUUCAAGGGCCUUUCGGAACUGCUUAUGUACUCUGUCGAUCCUACUUCGACAAAUAGUGUCUCUCACUACAGAGAAUUGAUACCGGAUUUUUACGCUGAUCAAAUGAUGGAGGAACCGAGAAUGUCUGGGCCACUGGAGAAUGCUCUACAAACGGCGCUUGUUGAUCACGCAUGGAUGGUGAAACGUUGCUUAGCGCUGUUUUCCAAGGCGGAGCAUCGUUCCACCAAGGAAGAACUUACUCGAUAUUUUGAAAUAACAUUUGCGCCGGAGCUUGCCAUCCUCGCACCUCCAGUAACGGCUGACCAACCUGCACAGCCUGAAUGGCUUCCUCCUUUAUCUGUUCCCUCCUUAGUAGCAGACACAUCCCUGAAUCUGAGGCGCUCAUUCUCCCACAGUCAACUUCUAUUGGAGCAAUCGCCGGCACUGAUCGCAGAUGAUAAAGCAUUCCACUCAGUGGUCAGUUCUGAAUCUGCAGGACAAGGCAGUCGCAGAACAGAGCAGUCGGAGAAACCUGAGAAGAUUGAAAAGCCGGAGAAGAAUCGCCUCAGUCUUCAUUUCCUCACGCGCCACAUUACUAAUUCCUCCGCCGGCGCCGGCGCCGAAGACCGCGAACGCGACUCUGACCAGGUAUCCAACCGCCAGCAUGAUUAUCAUCUCUUCCGCAGACCUAGUGCUAUCACUACAGACGACGCUGCCACUGUAUCCAGUCACGCAACUGCUACUACGACAAGAACGACCCCACGCAACGGCAAUCGCGGCGUUGACGGUCCGGGAAGCGGUGAUGUUAGAAGAAGCGAAUCCACAGCCAGAGGCCGCGACGAGAACCGGGCCAAUGGAAGCGGAAGUCGUGGUGGCAAUAGUAGUAAAAGCCUUGCCCAUAGGCUGAGCAAAGUUUCUAGUGUACUCGAAAUGGAUCUUCCCACACCUCGGCGUGGUCGCAGUCCUGCUAUGGAAAGUGAGAAUACUCAACGACCAACGACAAAGGAUAGUUUCCUCACAAGAUCGUCAAGUCGACGUAAAGGCGGCGCUCCAGGGGCCCUCAAGAAUUCCGGGUUAGGGAGAGCGUCAGAAGGUGUCAAGAAAAGGAUGAGUUUAAUGAAGUUGGGCCGCAAAGGGAGCAAGGCGAGUAGUGUUUUGAGCUGAAUAGCGAGGAGCACUUGCCUCUGUCGUCAUGCCUCUCAUGGUUUUUGUUUCCUUUUCCAAAGCCCUGUCUCUUCAAGCUUCAUAUCAAAGACCCUUAAACCCAUAGUUCACAAAACCCAAGCCUGAAACAUUAACCUUCAGCAGGAGACCAAAUUCUGCUCACACAGUGUUUGCUCAUGCACACUCAUUGUUUUGUGUAUGUGUGCUUCUUGUCCCGUUUGUUCGUUCUGCAGCCUACUGCAGUGCCUGUUCAUGUUUUUCUCUUCCUUGUAUGUUUUAUUUUCAUUGUCCAUUCUAUUCUUCCUGGCAUUCUACUGCUUGUCGUGUUCAUUCUUGCUUUCCAGAAAUAGGUCACACCCGACUGAUUUUCUGGUUCUUGUCCAUGGACCUGUAUUCAAAUACCCCU